GCCAUGGAGAUGGUCACACUCCUCUUCCUCGCCUUUCUCUCCUGUGCCAGAACUGCUAAGGCACACCAGGCAGACGAGGACUCCACUGAAAACUUCAUGGAAGUGCCUCCUAGUGUCCUAGAGUCACAGUUGGAUGAAAGUAUCUCAUCACAGCCCUUAUCACAAGAAAAAUCUGUACUGAACUCCUUUUUAAGAACUCUGCUGCAUGGGAGGACAUCACGCAGCUCCUUCCACUUCCAACCACAAAGGUUUGGAAGAGAUGAACGCAGCUCCAUAUUGGGUGAUAGCCGGAUUCAUUCCCGAGGAUGGGACUCCGCACCACCGUUUUGGAGCAUGGCAGUACCUCAACGCUUUGGGAGGAAAAAAUAAACUGAAAAGACAUAAGCAGAUGGACCAAGAAAUAUCACACUAUCAAAAUGUACAACCUGAAAGUGCUCCUGUGUACAGUCUGUCUCCACAUACAAGAUACAAUGGGACUGCUGACUAACAAAGUGCACAAUAUCUUUGUAUAGCAGUCAGAAUUUUCCUCUCGUGAUCUGUUGCAAUCUAUAGUUGACCUGAUGUUUAAAAAUGAGGACAAAGAAGGUGGUUUAGAUGC